AAUGUUCUGGAUUCUGAUGCUGAAGACGAAAUUGGACCAGCAUUGGCAAAGAAAUUCAAUUCUUUGAAGCGUAAGAAAAAGCUGGCAGGUAAACAGCUGGAGACAAAGGUGAAAGUGUCAGGUGGAAAGGAAGUGGAGGAACUUGUCAUCUUAAAGAAACAAAAGUUGAUAAAAUCCGCGGGUGAUUCAGUACUGCAGAAAGACAAAACAGAUUCACCUGUGAUAAUGCCACCUGCAGCGUCCAGUAAUGCAGUGAUCAUCAACACUGUUGCAGUAACCGCUGUUACAACCACAGUAACUGCUCCAAGCAGAACUAUCACAGCCUCAGUAACCGGGGGUGGUGAUGAUGCAGGAAGUGAGAUGUUGAGAGAGGAUCAGCUCAAGUCUAUCGAGGACAUUUUUAACAUUGUAUUGAAUGAGAACAUUAAUGAAGACUCCUGCAGUAAAUCUGGUGAAGAAGGGAAGGGAGAGAAUCAGCUUGUGGAAAGAAACACGCAGUUACCUGCCCAGUUGCCCCCUUACUUGUUGGAAGCUAUUGAAAACAUGAAACGUGAAGCUAAAGAAUCGAAAGAAAAGAAAUUCUUUUCUGCUUACAUCAACAAGCUGUUAUUGGACAUUGAACUGGGAUCCCAUAGAUUGCCAUGGGGAAGUAAGACAGCUAUCUACAAUCAUCUGAGUGAGCAUUUACCAUGUGGAAAGUACACACUGCAACGGAGGGCCAAGAAACUGCGGGAAUCCCAAGAGGAAGACCAGCUGAAGGGACCCAUAAGAACACUCAAAGAAGCCAUCAUGAAAGUGAUGCCAGCUUUACAAGAACAACAUGAGAUGGAUGUUCAGAAAGCUAAAGUGGAGGCAGAGGCCAAGGAAGAUCCAGCAGACGUGGCGAAGGAGGAGGUAUCUACAGAAAGUGAAGGGGAAGAGAAAGCUGAUACCAAGAAAAAACCUAGAGGCCCACGACGCAAGUUCUUUUGGAAUUCUGAAAUAAGAACUUUGCUGCUUGGCAUUAUAGCGACGAAGGUGAAACAUUACAGCACUUUUAAGUCUCGCAGCCAAACUGCCGAAGAAUAUCUCAGAGCAUAUUUGGACUCAGAGAUUAAACCAUUGUGGCCUGCAGGCUGGAUGCAGACCAGAACUUUGUUUAAAGAAAGUAGGAAGGCACAUGAAGAGUUCACCAAAGGAGGACAACAACAGGGAAAGCAGAGGAAAGCCAUCACAUCCUUAGAUUCAGCCCCUACCAAUGCAGAGAUUACCCAUUCCCAAAUGCUGAAAAAGGCAGCUGUUGAUUUGGCCACUAUCAAAACUGAGACCACAAAUCUCCAAAUCUCAAAGAGUGAAGGUGUCAUAGAAGUGUCCAGCAUUUUGAAUGGUGGCAGAAAUAAAAAGGACACAGUGGUCAUUAAUCUACCAAACUCCAUGGGAUCACUGCCGCAAACUUUCCACAGUUCCAUUCUGUACUCCUCAGUAUCAGAUGCUGGGAAUCUCACUACUAAUUCUGCCAAAGCUUACAUAACUUUGCCACACACUGUUGGAAUUUCUGCCUCAUCAACUUCCUGGGGGAUGCAGAGCCCAUGUUUGACCUCAACAACCUCUUCUGUAAAGGUGGUGGCUUCAGCUGCCUUUGCAGAAACAGCUAAGGUAUCACCUGCUGCAGGAAAUGAACUAGAGUCAAUGAAUCCAGCAUUUUCUUAUGGAAGUUCAGAUUCUAAGAUGGCAGCUUCUGCAGCAUCUACCUCCAGCAUCAUCAGUUCAUAUUCUGAAGGUCUUGGUGACUUGAACAACAAUGGAUCUGCAAAGCUCACGCCGCUACCACCGCCGCCACAAUCUGAGCAACCAGCCAGAAUCAUCUACAAACAGCUCAACUCCCAGCAACAAAAGAUGUCAGCCUUGGGGCAGAAAUUCUCUCCUGAUAUGCCGACAUCAAAAAUAAGCCAGCCAACACAAUCUUCAGGGGUGCCAACUACAGCAGAAUCUCUGCAACAGAAAGCAGACUCAAGAUUAUCUCACCAUGGGACUGUAAAGAAUUCAAAUUCUUCGUGGACUACGGUGACUUCUGUUGUACCUUCAGGUCAAUCACUUAACCCAGUUUCUGUGAAUCUGGUGACAAAUACUUCUGCGUUAAAGCAUUCUGUGAGUUUAGUAUCAGUACAAGAAAACCAGAUGCUUUUGUCACAAAGCCAGCAGCAGAAACUGCUGCAGUCUGCCAAGUCCAGUCUGAAUGUUGUAAAGAAACAAAACCUUUUAGGAAGUGGAUUAAGUUCAUCCAGCAUGGUAAGCCUAGCACCAGGAAGUGAGACUUUCAACAAACCCAGCAUACUACCAGUAAAGGCUGCUGGAACAGUCUUCAAAGAGGAUUCAAUAAAUUCAAAACUUGUGCAAUAUCUUAGUGAGCAGAAAAAAUCUGGUCAACCAAACCAGCAGUUAAAGUCUGGGGUCGUAAUAGCGACUUCUAGCUCAGCACCAGUGUUGAACCCACACCAUCAGCAUCUGAAAACAGGCAUUGUUAUUGGGACUGGCACUCUGCCGUUGUUUAAACCACAUACAGCAGCAGACUUUGCAGGAUGGACUUCGAGUAAGUCAAAGAACAUCAAACAGCCAGUACCCUUUGGAAAAACAACACUGUCUGCACAAACCUUCACCUCCACAGCUAGACCAUCACCAGCACCAUCACUGUCCAACAAAUCAGAUCUUUUCAACAAUAGUUCAUCUAUGCCCCUGUCAAGAACCGAUACUCCGUCUCCACAAAUGUCUCCAGUGUCCCCGGCAGAAGUUACUGCCCUUUCUCUAUACGAACAAAUUAAAACUCAGGUUCAGAAUCAAGAAGCCAUUGAAGGGCAGGCUUUAAAAAACCUGGCCAUGGCACGGAAGCUUGUUGGAGCAUCAGAGGCAGACAUUUUUGGCCAAGAUGGUGGUGCCAAGAGUAGCCAGGAAGCAUGA